AUGCGAGUCCUCGACGACCCAACCCAGUUCCGAUUCGACCCUCAUCGAUACGACUUCACUCCCUGCUUCAUCGACGUAUGGGUCGCCAGUGUUGCCGCCUUUGGCAUCAUUGUCGGCGGAAUUGCCAUUGCCUGGUUGGUGAAGCAUCGAACUUCUGUCGACGUUCCCAAGAACUGGCACUUUUGGUUGAAGCAAUCCCUCUUGGCCGCGGUUAUCGUAUCCUUUGCGUUGCAGUUAGGUAUUCAGAUUGUUAGUUUCCCGGGUAUCUGGUUCGGUGACUUUCGCGUCUGGUCCACUGUGGCAACGAUCGCGUCACUAGCGGUCAUCUACUGCAUCCAAUGGCUCGAGCAUACGCGGCUACGAAACCCCAAUGGCGUGGCCCUCUUCUACUGGUUGUUCCUCCUGAUUGCCCUCGCUGUUAAGCUGCGAUCCCUCAUCUCCCAGCAGCUCUACGACACCGAUAUCUGGUACUUUGCCACGUACGCCACGAGCUGCGGCCUCUCCGUUGCUGCCUUUUUGGCUGAGUGGAAUUGGCCCGAGUCGGAGAGUCGAUACGAGGCUCUAGUUGACGAGGAGGAAUGCCCUCUAGAGACCGCUACCGUCUUCUCUCGCCUCACUUUUUCAUGGAUGACGCCCUUGAUGCGCUAUGGCUACAAGCAGUACCUCACAGAAGAUGAUCUGUGGGCGCUCGCCCGAACCGAUAAUACCAAGACCACUGGCGAUGCUUUCGACGACGCCUGGCGGUCCCAGCUCAAGUACCGAGAGAAGCCCUCUCUUUGGCGCACCAUGGGUCGCGCGUAUGGUGGCCCUUAUGCCGUUGCUGCCAUCUUCAAGAUUGGCAAUGAUGUCGCCCAAUACGUCCAGCCCCAGCUUUUGAGGCUUCUCAUCACCUUUGUCAAAUCCUACCAGGCCGGCAACACCCCUCAGCCCGUCAUCCAGGGCGCUGCCAUCGCUAUGGCCAUGUUCGCGACCGCCGUCUUCCAAACAUCCAUGGUGCACCAAUACUUCCAAACCACCUUCGUCACCGGCAUGCGUAUCAAGGGUGGUCUAGCCUCCGCCAUCUACCGCAAGUCGAUGCGGCUGUCCAACGAAGGCCGGUCCUCAAAAACCACUGGCGACAUUGUCAACUACAUGGCUGUUGAUGCGCAGCGUUUGCAGGAUCUCGCCCAGUUUCUCCAUCAAAUUUGGUCUUCGCCUUUCCAAAUCAUCCUUUGCAUGGUUUCUCUCUACCAGCUUGUAGGCUGGUCCAUGUUUGCUGGUAUUGCCGUGAUGAUCAUCAUGGUUCCCCUGAAUGGCUGGAUCUCCACCGUCAUGAGGACUUUGCAAAAGAAGCAGAUGAAGAACAAGGAUGCCAGAAGCAGGUUAAUCACCGAAAUCAUCAACAACAUGAAGAGCAUCAAGCUCUACGCCUGGAGCGCAGCCUUUAUGAACAAGCUCAACUAUGUCCGAAAUGAGCAGGAGUUGAAGAACCUGCGCAGAAUUGGUGCCACCCAGGCUCUGGCCAACUUUGCCUGGAACACCGCCCCCUUCUUCGUAUCGUGCUCUACCUUUACCGUUUUUGUUCUCACCCAAGACCGACCUCUAAGCACCGAAAUCGUAUUCCCCGCUCUGGCUCUAUUCAACCUCCUUACUUUCCCACUUGCUGUCCUUCCCAUGGUCAUCACCGCCAUGGUCGAAGCUAGUGUCGCCGUCACGAGGCUGACAGACUUCCUUGCUGCCGAGGAGAUUCAGCCCGACGCCGUCAUCGUCAAGCCAUCGCCUGACGCUAUCGGCGAUGAGACCGUCAUCAUCCGUGAAGGGUCUUUCUCCUGGAACCGUCAUGAGUCCAAGGUGGCUCUCCACGACAUUGAUUUCACCGCGUACAAGGGACAGCUUUCUUGUGUUGUCGGCAGAGUCGGCGCUGGCAAGUCAUCCCUCCUCCAGUCCAUGCUGGGCGACUUGUGGAAAGUCAACGGUCGCGUCGAGGUCCACGGCACCGUUGCGUAUGUCGCGCAACAGCCGUGGAUUUUAAAUGCCACUGUCAAGGAGAACAUCAUCUUCGGAUAUCGCUAUGAAUCCCACUUCUACGAGCUCACAGUCAAGGCUUGCGCGCUCUUGGAUGACUUUGCUCAACUGCCUGAUGGCGAUGAGACUGUUGUUGGAGAGCGUGGUAUAUCCCUUAGUGGCGGCCAGAAAGCUCGCGUGGCUCUAGCCCGUGCCGUGUAUGCCCGAGCCGAUGUUUACCUUCUCGACGAUGUUCUUUCUGCCGUGGACUCGCACGUCGGCCGCCACAUCAUCGAAAACGUGCUUGGUCCUCGCGGUCUCCUUCACUCGCGCACUCGAGUCCUAGCCACCAACGCCAUUUCUGUUCUUCAAGAAGCUAGCCACAUCACCUUGAUUAAAGACGGUUCCAUCGCGGAGAAGGGUACUUUCCAAGAGCUCAUGAUUCAAAAGGGCCUAGUUGCCGAUCUAGUCAAGACCGCCAGGCAGGACCAGGCCAGGCCUUCUUCCGAUACCGCGUCAAGCGCUUCCGGCAGCGAGUCUGCCACCGUGCAUGAAGCGGACCUCAAGGAUUCGGAUAGGGAUGCGCUGGACACAGCUGGCGAGCCUGUUCCGGAAGCGAUACAUGCCAAGGACACCGACGGCAAGAAGAGGGCCGUGAGCUUCGCCACCCUCCGCCGCCCGAGUGCAGCAAGUUUCAAGGGCCCGCGAGGCAAACUUACGGACGAAGAAGUUGCCAGUAGCAGAACCAAGCAGGUCAAAGAACAUCUCGAGCAGGGCAAGGUUAAGUGGGAUGUGUACAUUGAGUACGCUAAGGCCAACGACCUGGUCGCCGUGGGCAUAUAUCUAUUUGCUCUGUUCGCCUCUCAGUGCACGAGCGUUGGCGGUUCCAUCUGGUUAAAGAAAUGGUCCGACGCCAACUCACGCGCUGGCUCGAACCCCGAUAUUGGCAAAUUCAUUGGCAUCUACUUUGCCUUUGGUGUCGGCGCCUCCGCUCUUAGUGUUGUACAGACCCUCAUCCUCUGGAUCUUUUGUUCGAUCGAGAAGUACUACCUUCGAACGUCGCGCGAACUGAAGCGACUUGACAGCGUGAGCAGAAGUCCCAUCUAUGCUCACUUCCAGGAGACGCUCGGUGGUGUAUCCACCAUCAGGGCUUAUCGCCAGCAAGACAGGUUUGGGCUUGAGAAUGAGUGGCGAAUCGAUGCCAACCUGCAGGCGUACUUCCCGUCUAUCAGUGCGAAUCGAUGGCUUGCUAUCCGCCUCGAAUUCAUUGGUGCAAUCGUCAUUCUCUCCGCCGCCGGAUUUGCCGUCAUGGCAGUAGCAAGCGGCGUCGACCUCUCCCCGGGCAUGGUUGGUCUGGCUAUGUCGUAUGCGCUCCAGAUAGUCACAUCCCUAAACUGGAUCGUUCGCCAAACCGUCGAGGUAGAAACCAACAUUGUUUCGGUCGAGCGUGUGCUAGAGUACACUCGUCUCCCUAGCGAGGCACCUGAAAUCAUUGCUGGUCAUCGACCUCCUGUGGCGUGGCCGGCGCAGGGUGCCCUCACGUUUAAUGGCUUUAGUACCCGCUAUCGGGAGGGCCUUGACUUGGUGCUCAAGAAUAUCAACCUUGACAUCAAGAACAUUGCCAUCGACAAUCUCAAUACCUCCACCAUUGGCCUCCUAGAUCUUAGGCGGCGUCUCGCUAUCAUCCCGCAGGAUGCGGCCCUCUUCGAGGGUACCGUCCGUGACAACCUAGACCCGGGACAUGUUCAUGAUGACACAGAGCUAUGGAGCGUACUUGAGCAUGCCCGUCUAAAAGACCACAUUUCAUCCAUGGAUGGUGGCCUUGAAGCCAAGAUUAACGAAGGAGGAUCCAACCUCUCACAAGGCCAGCGACAGCUCGUGUCCCUUGCACGAGCGAUGCUUACGCCGUCCAACAUCUUGGUGUUGGACGAGGCCACGGCUGCGGUAGACGUCCAAACCGAUGUUCUCCUACAAGCCACGCUGCGAAGCCCAAUGUUCGCAAACCGGACCAUCAUCACCGUGGCGCACCGCAUCAAUACUAUCAUGGAUAGCGAUCGUGUGGUGGUUCUUGAUAAGGGCGAGGUUGUCGAAUUUGACACACCACAAGAGCUCAUCAAGAGGCAAGGAUUCUUUUACAAGCUUGUCAAGCAAGCCGGUAUCGACACGGACUGA